CUUGGGCCAGAGUUUUGCUCUUUGUACACACUUUAAUACACAUCACUAUACACACUAUAUAUACCCUAAAAAAAAUUACCCUUUCCCACUUUCUUUUACCCAACCCUUCUCUCUCCCUCUUCACCCUCACUUCUUUUCCUUCUUCUGCGAUCUAUCUCCGUUGUUUUUUCUUAAUUUCCAUUCCCCUUCUUCUCAUGCUUCUUCUUUUGUUUCUUCUUGCACCAACAAAAAGGGUCGGUCAUUUCAGCCCCCAACGCCUCCCUAGCUUACAUCCGUUUUCCCUUGCAACCCUUAAAUCCAUUCUCCUUAAGUCUGAAUCCAACACCCGUGGCAUGCUUGCAACUGGAAUCCUGUACAAAAUCGACGAGGAUGGGACAGUGGAUUUUCGCAACUCAAACAGGAAGCUUCGAUUUUCUAUGUGCAUUUUAGGGAUGCUUUUCACUUCUUCUGGAGGUUCAAGGAGCAAUGUGCACUCCUAAAUGAGUUGAAAGUUGUGCCGCUGGUGGACAGAUCGGCCGAGAUGUAUGGUGGCACCUUCAAAGUGAACUCAGAGCCCAAGAAAGAGACUACUAGCAUUCCUAGAGUUGGGUGUACUACAAACUGGUCUGAGCAUUACUAAAUCAAAUCUCACGCAAGCUCGUCCCCCAAAAUUCUCCUUUCGUUCCUUGCAUUUGUCCAAUUGUCGUAAACUUGAAUUGAGUUUUAUGGUAAAUUUUAUAUAUUUUAUUUUGUUUGUGUGGUUGAACAAAUGUCCAAUCUUCCUUUAUAAUUUCUUUGUGUGGUUGAACAAUUGUGUGUAUUUUCAUUUAUUCUACGUGUACAAGUAUUUUGUCUGUGCGUAGUCAGAGCAUCGUCUAUGUCUUCACUUAUAUUGUC